AUGAACAGUGAGGAGGAGUUCUUUGAUGCCGUCACAGGCUUUGAUUCGGAUCAUUCUGGGGAAUUUGCAGAGGCAAAUCAGAAGAUAAUAGGGGGGCUUGGCUCGGACACCAGUGAAAAUCAGAAGGCUGGGAAUACCGAGACGAGGCCCCCCCAGGAGAAUGGGGUUCAAACACACAGGAUGUCGCUGCCCGCUCCCAUGUUCACCAGAAGUGAUUUCAGCGUGUGGAGCAUAUUGAAAAAAUGCAUUGGCUUGGAGUUGUCUAAGAUCACUAUGCCCAUCGUCUUCAACGAGCCGCUGAGCUUCCUGCAGCGGAUCACUGAGUACAUGGAGCACGUGUACCUCAUCCACAAGGCUUCCCGCCAGGCUCAGCCGCUGGAGCGCAUGCAGUCGGUGGCUGCGUUUGCAGUGUCAGCCGUGGCCUCACAGUGGGAACGCACUGGCAAGCCCUUCAACCCGCUCCUGGGAGAGACCUACGAGUUAAUCAGGGAAGACCUGGGGUUCAGGUUCCUAGCUGAGCAGGUCAGCCAUCACCCUCCCAUCAGUGCAUUUCACUCGGAAGGCCUCAACCAGGACUUCAUCUUUCAUGGCUCCAUCUACCCGAAGCUCAAGUUCUGGGGCAAGAGCGUGGAGGCAGAGCCCCGUGGGACCAUCACACUGGAGCUGUUGCAGCAGGAUGAAGCCUACACCUGGACCAACCCCACCUGCUGCGUGCACAACGUGAUCAUUGGCAAGCUGUGGAUUGAGCAGUACGGGACAGUGGAGAUCCUGAACCACAGGACUGGAGAUAAGUGCGUGCUCCACUUCAAGUCGUGUGGGCUGUUCGGGAAGGAGCUGCACAAGGUGGAAGGACACAUCCAGGACAAGAACAAAAAGAAGCUCUUUAUGAUCUAUGGCAAAUGGACAGAGUGUCUGUGGGGUAUAGAUCCGGCAACCUACGAGGCCUUCAAGAAGCAAGAGAGGAGAGGCGAUCACCUCAGAAAGACGAAGCCGGAGGCCAGCUCUGAGAAGGUGGAUGACGACGUGGCUGACAGUGUGCCAGACACACAAGAGACCGUGCAGGUCAUCCCGGGCAGCCGGCUUCUCUGGAGAGUCAACACACGGCCCCCCAACUCGGCCCAGAUGUACAGUUUCACUAGCUUCACUGUGAGUCUCAACGAGCUGCAGGCGGGCAUGGAGGCACUCCUCCCCCCAACAGACUGCCGCCUGCGCCCCGACAUCCGUGGCAUGGAGAACGGCCACAUGGAUCUGGCAAGCCGAGAGAAAGAGCGCCUGGAAGAGAAGCAGAGGGAAGCCCAGAGGGAGCGAGCCAGAGAGGAGACCAUGUGGCGGACAAGGUGGUUUUACCAAGGCAACAACCCGUACACGGGGACCCCCGACUGGCUCUAUGCAGGGGGCUACUUUGAGCGGAACUUCUCGGACUGCCCAGACAUAUACUGA